AUGCAUUUAUCCACAUCCAUUCUCUUACUAGCAGUUGUGUUCCUUGGUUUGCCAGAGGGCACUUUUGAGUGCGCCACCAACGGUCUCUGUGGUUACCAGCCGGGUUGCGGAGCCUAUCAACCUCAACCCCAACCAGCGUGUGGAUGUGCUAGAAGCUAUGGAUGCGGAUCUUACGGUUGCUACAGACUUCGUGCUCGUGGAGCCAAGAGCUAUCAGCCAAAACGUGGGCGUAGCAGAGUCACUGUCUCAGGAAGCGCAUCUGAGGAAGCUGAUAGAGAGGUGUUGAAGCAGAGAAUGGCCAUGGAGCGUGUCCGCAGGAAGGAGCGACUCACCGAGUCUGAGGAACUCGACUUGGUUUCCCCAUCUGUCUCCAGAAACCGCCAUUCUGACGAACCAAUCAACCCAGACCGCGCUUUCUACGAGUGCUGCCUCGACCGUAAACUUCCUGACGCUUGCCUGUCCAAGUGCUCGUUCGGAGCUUUUACCAAGUCAUCCCUCCAAGCCAUGUACUUCAAGCAAGAUCCAUGUCCAUUGGAUGCUAUGAAGGAAAUGCAAUUCUGUGCUGCUCAGGGAAGAGAUCAUCGGGCCUGCUGUGCACGUAACGGAGUGACCACCACUUUGGCCGGACCGAAAUGUCUAUCAUUCUGUGACCAACGACUCGGACACCCACAACAACUGGACAUGUCCUAUGUCCCAUGCUUUGACAGAUUCGAAUCCAUGAAGUCUUGCUUUUGGCACGACAUGACCAGAUAUUAUAGACGUGUGUAG